AUGCCAAGUGGCCGAAUGCCGCCUGCGAUCCAGCGAUACGUCGGCCAAUCGGUCGAAGAAGAAUACGGCAUCCGGGAUGUGUGGGCAGAAAAUCUCGAAGAUGAGAUGCACAACCUGCGCUCGAUCGUGCAGAAAUACAAGUUCGUGGCGAUGGACACGGAAUUUCCGGGCGUCGUUGCUCGACCCAUAGGUCAUUUUAGGGCGAACACUGACUAUCAGUAUCAACUGCUUCGGUGCAAUGUGGACAUACUUAGAAUUAUACAAGUUGGACUGAGCUUUUACAAUGAGCACGGAGAGCUGGCGCCGGGGGUCUCGACGUUUCAGUUCAACUUCAAGUUCAGCAUGACAGACGACAUGUUCGCGCAAGAUAGUAUCGACUUGCUGACCAACUCGGGGAUUCAGUUCAAAAAGCACGAACAGAGUGGAAUUCAACCGGACCGUUUCGCCGCGCUGCUGCUCACGUCCGGGGUCGUGCUAAUGGACGACAUCUCUUGGCUGUCCUUCCAUUCCGGGUUCGAUUUCGGCUAUCUCCUCAAGAUGUUGACGAACGUGAAAUUGCCGGAAGAGGAGCACGAAUUUUUUGAUCUCCUGAAACUCUACUUUCCGUGCGUCUACGACGUCAAGUACCUGAUGCAGUCGUGCCAGAACCUCAAGGGCGGACUGCAAGAGGUGGCUGAUCAAUUGGACUUGAAGCGGGUCGGACCGCAGCACCAAGCUGGCUCCGACUCCAUGCUCACGGGCCGCGUGUUUUUCCGGCUCAAGGACAUGUUCUUCGACGACGACAUCGACGACGCCAAGUACUGCCGGCACUUGUACGGGCUCGGCUCUUCGUACUGCACCAGUAUGGAACUGCAAUUGCACGCCACCGUUUUUGUUUUGCAUCUUAACGUCCCUUGA